UGAAGUCCAGCCGUGACUGGACAGGAGAGGCUGUGUGAGAAGACCUGCCAUUCAUUGAACUCUGAAUCUGUCUGCAGCAGCAGACGGCCUUAGUUUGUUUGCAUUCUGGACUAAUACUCUAGUAGGAGAAGAUUCACUUCACAACAUAUUUCUGCCACCUUUAGUAAGGGUUCCUAAGUGAAGGGAAAGUGAAGGAUGAGGCGUUUGAGAUGCCGGCUGCAGGCAGCCGCCCUGCUACUGCUGUGUGUCGCUGGAGUCACUGCGGAGCAUCUGCAAGCUGAGAACCUGCAUCUGCUUCCCCCGGAUGAACAUAACCUGGUGCGAAACCGUCAAAUGAGAGUGCCGCCCAGGGACUGCCAUGAAAUGUUGAUGAUGUCUUCAGGCCAGGCCCAUGACGGGCUGUACCUAAUCCAGCCUGGCGACUCCCCCAUCGUGGCUUACUGCGCCAUGCGGGAGGGAGGAUGGACCGUCGUGCAGCACAUCACCGUUAACAGCAGCGUAGAUUUCGAUCGCACCUGGGCUGAGUACAAGCUUGGCUUUGGCCGUGUCUCUGGGGAUCACUGGCUUGGGAAUGGAUAUCUUCAUCAGCUCACCCGAGGCCCUGCACGCUACAAACUGGGAGUAAAACUAGUGGACCCAGAUGCCAUCACCAAGAUGGGUGAAUAUGACCCGUUUCUAGUGGAGGAUGAGGCCUCGGCAUACAGGCUAAGGCUGGGGCUGUUCCAGGGCAACUCUGUGGACGCUUUGACCCUGGACACGGAGAACUAUCUACACGACAACCAGAAAUUCACCACGAAAGACCGAGACAACGAUAACUACUUUCAAAACUGUGCCAAGUUGGAGUUUCAGGGCGUGCCUGGCGGAGGGUGGUGGUACGACGCCUGUGCCGGUGCUAACCUAAACCGCAGGAACGUCAUCUACUGGCAGAAGGACUGCAACAAGGAGCGACUGUGCAAGUACGCGUGGAUGAUGGUGAGACCUUCAGACACACUGAAACUGAUUCAGAGCAAAGACUGCAAGAAGGAUGAGCUGUGAGGUUCUUAAGGGACUAAUUCUUAAGAAAUUAGUUUUUUUAUGUUGCUGUUUUUUAAGGACAUCUCUCCACACACUGACUUCAGCACAUUUUAUUCAGAAAUUCCAUGAACAUAAUCGCGAAAUACCAAAGAACGAAGAGUUGAACACAAACAAAGUUAUAAAAAAAAAAAAUGCAUCAAGUCUUUUUCCAGCAUAUCAAUACAAGCAGCAAAACAGUGCCUUUCAUUCCUCAAGUAAGUGCAGAGUUCUGUUUUUUUUUUUUUUUACAGCAGCAAGAAAGUGUUUCGUUUAUGACACAUGUAAAAUAUCUUUUGGUUACUCUUCCUACCAAGAAAAAAAAAAAAGUUUUGUUUUGCCACAGGACAUUACAAGUUUACCAGAAAUACAACAAAGAUAUGAUGAGAAAUUGAUUCGGUUACUGUACAAAUACUGUAUUUAAAUACUCAAAAGGAAAAAAAAUUCAAUAAAUAAAAAAACCUGAGGAUAAUAAAAAAAUAAAAUUAAAUACUCGUUAUAUGUGCUCUUAAUCCUCCGUGAACUGUUGUAAACAGUGAUACUCUUCGGCGAGUUUGUAACGUAUUUUAACGUCAACUUUAUGAAAAUGUUGUUUUUGUUGUUCGGGUAGGCUUUCAUUUAAUAUUAUUUAUUAUUUUUGUAAAUUCAAUUCAUGGAAUAAUUACACUUUACGGGACAGAACGUGUCAAAUGAGAACCACAGAUAUUCAUUUAUAUUCACUCCUCUUACAAACGACAACAGCACAUUGAUUCGAUUUGAUUUUGACUUUGCAAGCAGAUUCCAACAUCAAGAAGACAUGACACGUAUUAGCCCUUAAAAUAUAUAAACCAACUCCUCAGUACGAACACAGCCCCGACAAUUUUGAACCUAUAUAGCAAGUCAGUUAUUAGACAGUGCAACUUGAAUACAAAUACACUAAAAUAGGAAAUAAUACAUGUGUUAUAAUUGAUGGCAUUUUUUGUAUGAAAGCACCAAUCUUUCCUUUUUAAAACUAUGUACACUGUCAUUGAUUAAAGCAUAUUCAGACCAGUUUAA